ACUUCGGCUAUUUAAAACAGUGUUGUUAAUAGCAUGCUAUAGCGGCGCUAUAGUGGCAUAACAGAGUGGUGGAGGGGGAGGGCGCUACAAGACCACCUAUAGCGUUGCGUUUGUCUCUAACAGGAGCAGCGGCCUCCUAUUUUAUCUAAUCACUGAGUACUGGCUACUCAGGUUUGGGCCAUGGCGAUUAGUACUCCGUUAACUCCGAGUCUUGCUGUUCCAUUCUUUCGAGUAACUUGUCGAGUACCCGACAAUUUCACUACUCAGUGACAAGGUUGACUUGGUAGCCAGUAAAUUUGAUUUUUUGGGGGGUUAAUUCUGAAAUUUUAACUAAAUUGGAAUAUUAUGGAAUUUAUGAAUAAUUAUGAAUAAUUAGUAAGUAGUUUAAAAUUUGGAAAAAUAAUAUUUCAAAUUCAGUCUAGGUUUGGGGACCUGGAGGAUGAUGAAGAAAAUGGAACCCUUGACCCAAUGAAGAUUAGCUUAGAGUUGUAGGACAAAAGUUCCUAAUUAAGUAUUAUUAGGUGAUUGAUUUUCUUGGAAGAUAGAAUGUUUAUAAUUGUUGAGAUUUGUUGGAACUUCUUUGUUAGGUUAUUAAUAUUUUAUUCUUAUUCAAGAAUUAUAAGACUAAUUUAUUACUAGAAUUUUGGGACAUUUUUGUUUUUAGGUUUAACUAAUACAGGGCCUAAUAAUCACCUAAUAAUCUCGAGUAAUUGGUCCUAAUCGUGACUUGGCCCUUGAUCAAGUUACCACUGAGUAGCGAUUCAACUACUUAGGUGGUCGAUAUAGCGGGCACUACACUGGGAGUAGCGGAUGCAAUAGCUGCACUAUUUGCUUUUCUUGACUGCAGUCAGGGUUUUUUGGGGAAACUUUCCAAAAUUGGAAUACCACUCGUAGCGAGGGAGUGCCAAGGGUUAGGUCUCGAGUUCGAAUCUCGACAACUGCGAUAAGGGGUUACUAUGCUGAAAAAUGCAUAGGGUCUCUGUAAGUACCGGUGACGGAGCCCCACUCUCUAUCUGUCAGGUUGUAAUUAUAGUCCAAUUUACAUCCUUCCAUCGUGUUGUCCGGUGUUGGGGGGCCUCAGGGAUGGGAUGUCAUCUUUUUUUUUUUAGAAAUUCAAAAAAAAUCAAAUAGACAUGCAAUUUGUCCUCCAUAAAGGUCUACAGCAGCGUAUGGCGACAUCUCCAACAAAGUUGAAUGCGUGACAGCAAGGAUAAAAGAGGACUCAAAAACAAUUGUCUAGUAAAGAAAAUUGAUCGCUCAAAGCAUACGGUUAUCCAAAUUAAAAAAAAAAGGAACCGCACGGGUAGCUCGAUUUAGUGGUAUGAAAGUUAGAUGAAUGAUCAGGGAUCCAAACUCGAGAUCAUGUAUAGGUUACAACUCCUGCGUGUUGGUCUAGACUUCUGAUGCGCACAGGUACAAAGUCUAUCUUUAUUGGGUCGACUGAGUCAUCGUAACUCACGGCCUCCCAAAAGUCUUGUCGGAUCGGUGCGUAAGGGCUCUUGAGGUUGGGAUUCAACCUUUUGAAAGAAUACAAAUUAAAAAAGGAUGUACUUGUGUUAAUAGGUAAAGCAACCUUCUAAUUAAAAUCUACUCUUGCAAGUUCAUAAUUACUCUUAGAUUUGCCAAAAAAAAACGGUCCUUAUCUGACACAUUGUGGCUAAAUUGUGGCUAUUUAAGCUCAUGACAGUUGGUGAAAUUUGGGGUGUGCUCACUGAUAUAAUUAGCACUUUAAGAUGUGAAAGACAUCGGGAAUGUUUGGUUGUUGGCCUAUCAGCUGCUUUUUUGGCUGUUUUGACUAAUAAUUGGCCUUUUGACCAGAUGAAACAGCUAAUAAGGUGUUUGGUAACAUAGCUUUUUUAUCUGACUUUUUCAUCAAAACAGCCAAAACUCAAAAUGCCACUAAACCCAGCGUUUAGCCAUUAGCCUUUCUGUUUCUCCUCCGAUUUUCCUGAUUUGCCCACACCCGAUAUUCCCUCUGCUAGUUUUUAAUUUCUCCAUGUGAUAAAAAAAGUCUGUAUUGAUUUUCCGUUGGUAAUUUGCUUGGCAGCACUUUUCUUGGAGGCCUGUAAAACUAUACGCAGUACUUCGUAUGUUCAAAAAAAAUUGUUAAGAAGUCCCACAUAAAAUACUUAAGAAGUUAAGAGAUAAGUUUAUAAAUCCUUGUGUCAGAUUAGCUAAUGAUUGAAUCUGAUCUUUUAGUGUAUUACGGAGUACAUAGUUGAGUCGAUCCUAACAUGCAUACAAAAGCAUAGAAUUCUCUCAAAAUGUAAAGGACUCAAUUGUACUUGGUUUUGGAAGUAUACAUUUACUUAUAUGUUACUCCGUAUAACUCUAUUUAUGAAGAAAAAUAUUGGCAUACUAACUAAAUUUAUUUAUACAUGAAAUAAUGUUAAAAUAAUUAUUAGUUGUUUUCAUAAAUUUUUUAGUUUAUAUAAAGUAAAAACGUUUUAAGUAAUUGUACUAAUGACAUUAUGAAAGAAAAAUUAAUUGAUGUCCUUACAAGUCAUUUAACAAGUUAUCUGCUAAUUGUAAACAGCUAUUUUACUAAACACUAUUUUACAAACUGCUAAUGUUAUCACUUAUCAGCUAAUCAAAACCGCCAACAGAAUCCGCUGUGAUCAAUCAGCCAACAGAAUCCGCCAAUAGCUAACAGCCAACCGCCAUUUGCCAAACACCCCCAUCAUAAACAUCCCCUCCGCAUAUUAUCUCUAUUUUUCAACUCUUCCGAUUUCUUAUAUGAUAAAAAAAAGAACUCUUCCGGUAGUAAUACUCCAUUGGAAAGGAGACUUUAGCAGUAAGAAAAUGACAAUGAUAGCGCAGACUUUUAGAAAGUACUCCGUAGUUCACAAGCGAUAACAUUUUCUCAAAAAAAAAAAAACAUUUUCUCAAUUUGGUACUCUCCCAUUAGUUACAUACUACGAAAUAUACAUAUAAAGAAGAUUUUACAACUCACUAUUAUACUCCUAUAUACACCAUUAUUAUUGUUAUCAUCAUGAAUACAAUUGAUGCAUAUGAUAAUAAUAUGCAUUUAAUUUUCUUUUAAAUGUCAUACCACUACAAAAAAACACGCGUUUAGUCACGGACCGUAGUCACGGAUUUGGUCCGUGAUUAGGCUAGUCACGGACUAGUCACGAACUAGUCACGGAAAUUUUGAAAAAAAAUUAGUCACGGAUUUUACCGUGACUAUGGCCGUGACUACACUUAGUCACGUAUUUGGUCCGUGACUAACAUCCUCCGAUUGGCCCGUUUGAUUUUCCGGCCUGGCUUGUUUUACUCCGGCGACUUAGUCACGGCCACAUCCGUGACUAAAGCCGUGACUAUGAUUAAAAUUUAAUUUUCCAUCUCCCACAAAUUAAUUUGCAACGGUAUUAUGUAUAGAUAAAUUUAGUCACGGUCAUGUCCGUGACUAUUUCUGUGACUACUUUGAUUAACACGUCAUUUACACGUCAUUAACACGGAUUGGACACAUAAUGGACACGAUUUUGCUUAGUGUUUUUCCUAUAAAACUGUUUUUAUAAUUUAUUAGACUGGUAUUUUAAAUAUUAUACUGUUUUUAUAAAACUGUUUUUAUAAUAUGUAAAACUGUUUUUUAUAAAACUUUUUAUAAACAAAACCGUUUUUAUAUAAAACUGUUUUAUACAAAACAGUUUACAAAUCUGUUUUAUAAAACCGUUUUUAUAUAAAACUGUUUUAUAAAACAAUUUUUUAAAAAACAGUUUAUACAAAUCUGUUUAUAAAAAAUAGUACGACAAAUGCAAGAAAAUGAAUUUAUUAACAUCCUUAAAAAAAGUAAAAAAAAAACACAUUUUUAAAUUUUCAAAAUAAAUUAUGUUCCAUCAUGUAAACUUGCCUAAAAGUUUAACAUGUUACCUUUAAGAAACAAUUUAUUUUAGAGUUAUAAAAAUUUUAUUUAUAAAAUUACCACCCUCAUAUUAAAUUUACACACAGUUUAAUAUGAUAUACACAUUUUCAAUUGAUAAAAUUAUAAAUCACACUAACAGUUAAAAAUAUAAAAUAAUAUAUUUUAGAUGAGCAAUGAACAAUCGACCUCGCGUGCCCGCCCAAACUAUGUGCCCUUAACUGAAGCUGAGCGCAACAAUGAAAAUGCGCUUUGGGUGACGCCUCACAUGGUUGCAAAUGAUCAAGAUGUGUUGGACCAAAUCAAACUGAUAAUUGGAGGACACUUUCUUGGGAACUGGGCAACAUAUAUGGAAGUUGACCCCAAGGUUCGUGAACUUUGGUGGAACCUGUUUAAGGCGUGCCCGAGCGAGCGGGGUAAAGCCUGGAUGGUGUUCGGAUGAGGUGUGGGCUAAUCUCGUCCGUCACUGGUCUUCUGAUCCGAACUUCUUGGCAAGAAGUCAAUCCGGUAAGAAAAACCGGAUGUCCGAGAAGGCCUUAGAAACCCAAUGGCACGGGGGCCGCAAACCUCAGAGUAAACAUAAAGAAGAUCUUGCGGGGCCUGAGAAGAAGAAGGUCUCAAUUCUCAAGGUCAUUAAGCACUGCUGGACGAAGCACGGCGAUGAGUCCGAUGCCGAUCUGCCACCCCGCCUCGCUGAAAUCGAAACGAAGUAUAACACAAAUGUUGAGAAGAAGCGGACGGAAUUAGGCUUGACUCAGGAGGAUGAGAUUGAUUCUGAUUUGGAAGAUGAAGCCAUCGUUGAGGCAGCUGGGGUGUACAAAGGCCGGGUUCCGUGCAUGGGGGCCGAGGGGCAACGGAUUUUGUACGACCGCAGCGGCGCUUCAUCUUCUCGAUCAAGGCGCGAAGAGGAUCCACAUAUCGCUCAAUUGCAGCGGGAGUUGGAGGAGCAACGCAAAUAGGACGAAGAAACAAGAGCCCGGCUGGAAGCGAUGGAACGGAUCCUCAGCGCCGGAAUUCGGAAUCAGCCUCAGCCGUAUAUACUGCCCCCCGAGCAGACUCCUCAAGUUCCGCAGAUGGGCGGUUAUUUCCGUUCCAACUAUGCUUCCGGGUUGCCUUCAUAUGGUUCUUUUCAGGAUAUCAAUUUUCUUAACCUGUUUCAAACAUCUGGAGGCAGCAAAGCAGGAGGCAGUCGCGGAGGUGGCAGUCGCGGAGGGGGCAGUCGCGGUGGCAACCGAGAAGGCCAAGGUGGAAGCAACCGAGAAGAUGAGACCGAAGAAGAUUAUCUAUACGAUGAUUCUAGAUAUUAUCAUAAUGGUAGUCGGAGGAGC